GACGAGGCUCCAGAUCACCUAGUACCUAUCCCAGUCGCGCGACGAGAGCACAUCUGCAGGGAGCUCCGCGUAUCAAAAGGAAAAAUCAAACAUUAAAACAUUUUAGUGAUUCUGGUGUUCACUGUGUUGUGUUAGCGCUGGUGCGGUGCCGAUCUAAAGUUUCUGUGACAACUGUGCGUCCACUACUGGGAUAUGUCACAUCCUUGCAUGCGUUAAGGGUGAGCACGUUGCGUGGGCUGCGUGUGACACGUCAUGGUGGCCCCGUCGCGGGUGACAGGCCGCGCGGCCAACCACGUCACCUAAGCGCCAGGUUACACGCGCCGCCCCCACAGCCAUGCCUGCGCCGCUCCUCGUGUACGUCACCUGCAUCACCCUCCUCUGGCUAUGUGUAGAAGCGGAUGAUACGUCGCCAGGGUUGGGGCGUGCGCGGCCGGCCAACGGUACUGCGGAGCCGCCCGACCUGCGCUCGCCCAUGGGUCGGGUCCCGCCAUACCAACCACCAGCUAUAGGGCUCGGAAUCAUACCUCCGCCGAUUUAUGUGCCCCAUAACCCGUAUACGCGCGUCGAGACAUGGCACCACCGUCCGCCACAUAAAAACAUGCACAAAGUUUCACCCGCUGGCGAAGAUCCUGAUAUUGAUGCUCAUCAUGAGCAUGUCAUAGAAGACGGUUGUCACCAGCCAUGCCCGAAACAACACUUCUCGUGCCAGACAACGAUUUCCUCGCAGAUAUCAUGUACCUGUAUACCGAUGGACAAACGCUGCGAUGGCAAGGCGGAGUGCGCAGGGGCGGAGGACGAGAAGGGAUGUGCACCCGCUUGUGACGAGAACCAGAACAGAACGCUCUGCCAUAGCACCAGCGUCUGCAUCAAGCUGGACUGGUUCUGUGAUGGCGAUAACGACUGCGGCGACUACUCCGACGAAACCGGCUGCGGUGGUACAGCGAACUGCUCAGCGCAACAGUUCCAAUGUGCCAACGGACUGUGCAUUCACAAGGACUGGGUGUGUGAUGGCGACAACGACUGCCGAGACAACUCCGAUGAAACCAACUGCACUAAGGGCAAAUGUCGAGACAACCAGUUUAUGUGCACGAUCGGCGAAUGCAUUUCGAAGCACUGGCGCUGCGAUAAGGAAGCUGACUGUGCUGAUAGCUCCGACGAGACUGAUUGUCCCGUGGAUCUAAUCCGGUGUGGCGAGAAUGAAUUCCAAUGUGACAACAAGAAGUGCAUUCGUAAGGACUUCCAAUGUGACGGUGACAAUGACUGCGGGGACUGGACGGACGAAGACUCGUGUCCGAUGCUGCCUGGUAGCUGCAAUGCUGGGGAGUUCAGAUGCAGCGACGGCAAAUGCAUCCCGGAUCGUUGGCGCUGUGACACCGAGAGGGACUGUGCGGACAGCGGCGACGAGCUCAACUGCGAACCGAACUCCAUGCGAAACUGUACCGAUGACGAGUAUACAUGUGCUGAUCGACGAUGUAUUUUGAAAACCUGGCUCUGCGAUGCUGUCCGCGACUGCACGAACGGUGAAGACGAAAUGAACUGCGAAGUACAUUGCGAAGAAGAUCAAUACACUUGCAAAACUCAAGACCACCUGAUAAGCAGCGCAUUCAGGAGCUGCGUUAACCGCAAGCAUGUUUGUGAUGGUAUGAAAGAUUGUCCCGAAGGCGAUGAUGAAGACAGAUGCCCAGUGAAGAGAGCUUGCACUCCGGAAGAUAAAUGUGACCCUGAUAUGUGUAUAACGACGUAUGACGGACAUCAAGCUUGCACCUGUCCUUUGGGAUUCCUCUUGGACUAUAACAAUCACACUUGCCGCGAUAUAGAUGAAUGCAUGUACGAACAAGACCCCGUGUGCUCCCAAACUUGCUCGAACACUGUUGGAAGUUUCAAGUGCGGUUGUAUGACUGGAUAUGUUCUGAGGCCUGAUGGAAGAUCUUGUAAGCCUACCGGGGAAUCACCUACGUUGCUCUUCUCAAAUCGAGUUGGUAUACGACAGGUUUGGCUCACAGGAGAUAACUACAUGCCAGUAGUGAAAGGUCUUCAUAACGCCGUCGCUUUGGAUUACCAUUACGAGAAACAGCUAGUUUUUUGGACUGAAAACAAUCUUCGAGUGAUCAGAGUGGCUCAAAUGAAUAACAACAAUUUGACGGAUGUUAUAAGAUGGGGUCUGGAAACACCAAGUGGAGUGGCAGUCGAUUGGAUACAUGAUUUGCUUUUCUGGACGGAUUCCGGCACUCGAAGAGUCGAAGUCACAACUCUUGAAGGAACUCAGAGAGCUGUCAUUGCUGCCAAUGAUUUGGAUAAACCGAGGGCUAUUGCAGUUCAUCCUGGGGAUGCAUUGGUGUUUUGGACUGAUUGGGGACCCAAUCCGAAGAUAGAAAGAGCAGAUAUGGACGGUAGCAGACGCAAGAGCAUUAUUGUGGAUAAAAUCUUCUGGCCUAACGGACUCACUAUAGACUACACAGAAUCUAAGAUAUACUGGGCGGAUGCUAAACACCAUGUUAUUGAGAAGUCUUCGUUUGAUGGACGAGAUCGGAAGAAGGUAACCAACAAAGGUCUCCCUCAUCCCUUCGCGCUGACUCUGUUUGAAGACGCCAUCUACUGGACUGACUGGCACACCAAGAGUAUCUCCACUGUCAACAAGAACACCGGCAUGGGCAUCCAGACUGUUCAUGCUGGCUUGAAUGUUCCUAUGGAUAUUCAUAGCUACCACCCACUGAGGCAGAUCAAGUCCUACAAGAACCGUUGCGGUACCAACAAUGGCGGUUGUUCUCACUUCUGUCUUCCAAACAGCAACGACCACUCCUGCCGAUGUCCCGUUGGAUUUAACUUGAAUUCUGAAGGCCGUAUAUGUGAACAAACUCCAGAGAAACUUCUCCUGUAUGCACGAAAGAAGGAUAUUAGAUUAAAGCAAUUGAAUCCAAGGAAACAAACCGACUCUUUAGACAUGGUGAUUCCAGUUGAGUCGAUAAAGUCAGCCGUAGCGUUGGACUGGGAUCACAACACCAACUCCAUAUUUUGGACAGAUGUGGACAAGGAUACAAUCAACCAUGCUUACUUAAACGGAUCACAGCAACGUGUUAUCGUGGGGUCUAAUUUGAUCUGGCCAGCGGGCUUGGCUUAUGAUUGGCUGACCAACAAGUUGUAUUGGACUGAUGGUGGUACGAAUAGGAUUGAAGUGGCCAAUGUUGAUGGUAGUAUGAGAACUUUGUUAGCAUGGGAUAAUAUCGACAAGCCGAGGGACAUAGUUGUGGAUCCUAAAGGUGGUGUGAUGUAUUGGUCGGACUGGGGAACAUCUCCUUGCAUCGAACGCGCAGACAUGGAUGGCGGGAACCGACGCAGGCUUAUUUUCGGCAACAUGACCUGGCCUAACGGACUGGCUUUAGACCUCAAGAAUAGCCGCAUCUACUGGACUGAUGGAGGGAACCAGACUAUUGAGUAUGCUAACUUGGAUGGAACUGGAAGAACUAUUCUGAUAGGUCAACAUCUGCCCCACCCAUUCGGGCUAGAUCUAUUCGGUGACGAGGUGUUCUGGACGGACUGGGACACGCAGUCCAUACAAGCGGCUAACAAGUACACCGGAAAGAAUCGAAGGACCCUCGGAGCAGGUGUGGCUGGUCUGAUGGAUGUACGCGUCUUCCAUAAGGAACGGGUUUCUGGUGUCAACCGAUGCGGCAAGAACAAUGGUGGAUGUUCACAUCUAUGCUUGUUGAAGCCUAUGGGAAAAUCGUGCGCUUGUCCUAUUGGAAUCAAAAUUGGUAAGGACGGUAAAACAUGUGCCGACGGACCAGUGAACUACUUGAUAUUUGCUCAUCGCGUGGACAUCCGAGUGGUGUCUUUGGAUGUUCCCUACCUCAUCGAUGUGCCAUUGCCGCUGCCUAUUCUGAAGAAUGCCUUUGGAGUUGAUGUGGAUCAUAAGACAAGCCUUAUUUACUGGACGGACACUGGCGAAAGGAAAAUUCAACGAGCUAAUAGGGCCGGCAAGGAUAUCGAAACUAUCAUCGGAAAAGGGUUGCAUACAGUUGAUGGAAUUGUCAUUGAUUCUACUGGUCGCAAGAUCUACUGGACUGAUGGCGGUAGGAACAGCGUUGAAGUAGCUGAACUCGAUGGCAGUAACCGCAAGGUUCUUGUAUGGACCGGUUUAGACUCUCCUCGCGCCAUUGCACUGCACUACGAGUAUGGAUACAUGUUCUGGUCAGAUUGGGGAACAUCAGCCAAAAUUGAACGAGCCGAUAUGGACGGAAAGAACAGGCGUGUCAUCGUCGACAGCAACAUCAAGUGGCCAAACGGUCUUGCUAUCGACAAAAUCGAAGGUCGUCUCUACUGGAACGAUGCUAAAGUCCUAUCAAUAGAAAGUUCAGACUUCAACGGACAUGAUCGCCGAACUAUACUGAGCAACGUUCCGUAUCCUUACGGUAUUGUUAUUGUGGGACCACAUGUGUAUUGGACUGACUGGAGGACUCAAGCUUUGCAUAGAGCUGAUAAAGUCAAUGGCAAGAAUUCUAUUAUCAUCAGGAAGAAUUUGGAAGGACUUAUGGAUAUCCGUGCAGUGCAGGGCGAAAGGGAACUUGAAAAUGCUUGUGGAAAUAACAACGGUGGAUGUUCUCACUUAUGCCUAAGAUCCCCUCAAGGCUUCACGUGUGCUUGUCCAACUGGCUUGCUGUUCAAUAGCAGCGACCCAAAGACUUGCAGGAAGUAUCCGGAAAGUUUCUUAUUCUUUGCCACGAAGACCAGCAUUGCACUCAUUUCAUUCGAUACACCGGAACAGUGGGAUGUGGCUUUCCCAAUCAAAGUGCAGAAUGCUGUAGCUGUUGAUUUCCAUUGGGAACGCAAGCUUCUGUUUUAUACUGAUGUCGAUAUGGAUGUAAUCAGGUCAAUAAAUAUGAUGAACAUGAGUGAAACGAAGGAUGUCAUCAAAGGCAAUAUGGGCAUUCCAAACGGGUUGGGAGUAGAUUGGAUUGCAAAUAACAUUUAUUGGACUGAUAACGAGUACAAGGUAAUUGAGGUUGCACGGUUGGAUGGAUCUUCUAGGAAAACUUUACUUAGCAAUCUAAGUGAACCUAGGGCAUUAGCAUUAUUCCCUGCUAAAGGAUACCUUUACUGGAGCGAUUGGGGUCAAACUCCUUGCAUUGAACGAGCCUUCCUCGAUGGCAGCCAACGGCAAGUUAUAGUGAUACAAGAUGUUGGGUUCCCGAAUGGUAUAACGAUUGAUUACAAAGACCGGAGGCUAUAUUGGACGGACGCUUUGAGGCAUAGAAUCGAUACUUCCGACUUGAAUGGACAACAUCGAGUGCAGCUCAUACCAGAAGCUAAGAAUCCGUUCGGAAUGACUCAGUUUAACGACUACAUCUACUGGACUGACUGGUACAAGAAGGCUGUAAUGCGGGCUGAUAAGAAAACUGGGAAGAACGUAACAGCUUUGAGGACUGAUUUGGAAAUGACAAUGGAAAUAAAAGCAGUGUCACCUGACAAGCAACAUGGUUGGAACCCUUGCAAAGAAGAUAAUGGCGGAUGUUCUCAUCUCUGCUUCUUUAGAGAACAUGAUUACAUUUGCGGCUGUCCGGAAGAUCCAGAUUUAAGGCCUUGUUCAACUGUGCCCAAGAUACGUAUAAACAACAAAAUGCCGGCUCACUACCCCUCGUUCUACGACUACACGGACAUACAAGAGGACAACGGUAUACCGCCGCUGCCCACUGCUGUACCAGACACCAGCACUGGCGCCAUCAUCAUCAUGAUCGCCAUCAUGGCCUUUAUUAUACUGGGGAUUGUGGUCAUUGCUUUCGUUUGUGUAAAAAUGAGUCGGGACCGCGACGGGGACCUGAAAGAGAACUACCGCGACUCAGGGGGCCACAUAUCGUUCCACAACCCCAACUACAGCUGCAACACCGGCGCUAGCGGCGGCAGCGCGGAACAGCUCGAGCGUCGACCCAACCGAUUCCAAGGCAUCUUCAAAUAUGACAAGAACCAGGAGCGCGUGACGAACGUGUAUAUCCCGGAGGGCACGAGCCUGCUGCCGCCGCCGCCGCCCCCUCCGCGCCCCGCCACGCACGACGACUUCGAACCCGUCACCUUACACUCGUACGCUUAAACUGACACCAACUCGCGACGGACUUAUUGCGAACACCACUGACUUAUGAACAAGAUAUCAUCUGCCAAUGUUCAAUUUUUACACGGAGACGCGAUAUUGACACUACAAACUAAAUAGCAUGCCAUUUGGUAGUCGUUUUCUAAACUCACGUUACAGAUUGUGCGAUGUCGACUUCAGUCGAUUUCUGAAGCGAGGGCUUAGAAAAUAAUGCUAGAUGACAUUCUAAUUCUCGCAAGCCGCAUUUAUCCGCGUGCCUCCGUUUACAAGUAAGACAUUAGACGUAUAACGUUAGGUGCGUCAAUAUCCACAUACCAUCAGUUUGCGUCAUCAGGUUCAUCGAUUGGAUUACGCUAUUGGAUGAAAUAUCUCCACGUGAGAAUCCUACGCUGUAAAUACUGUGGCUGUAGCAUUAGAGUGCUAGAACUCUGUACACCUGAUGACAGAUUGAUGGUGUCUUGAUUUGUUGCUUUAUGUGGUCAUCGAACCAAAUUAUUUGUAGACAAAGACAAAGAAACAGCACAAAUAAUGACUUUAAUGCUCCAAAUAGCGCAUAAUAAUGCGCGGAUUAACUAAUACCCUUGGACGAUUUAUGCCAAAUCUACGAAUAUGAUCUUAUUAAAUGUUAACAUUAGGUUAGGAACAUUACCAUCAUUAACAAAAGUAUGUGUGAAAAAGCGAUUUAAAAAAUCAAUAUUUUGAUUUUUAUUCAUCAUUCUGAUAUAUUUGUCAAUUCCAGCUUUUAUGAAAGGGAUGUCAACUAGGUAUUGUAAGAUCACUACGUAGACAACUACAUUGGGAGCUGAUCUUUAAAUAUAAUGAUUAUAUUACGUAUCUAUAUCUACUUAGAUUAGAUCAUAGGUACUAGAUGGUACAAGUGUAAAGUUACAAUACGUCAUGUCAACAUUCCAGUCGUUCGAUAAUUAUUCCGUCAAAUCACUCAUGAAUGUUAUUUGAUAGGGAGUUACACAUACUACAAUAUUUAUAUGAGAUAUGAUUAUUGUUAUAGUUGAUAGGGAUAGGCAAAUGUUUAGAUGCAUAGCAAGUCUGGACGAUUUCUUGUCAUAUGUAAAUAGAUGUAUCUAUUUGUAAUAAAUUAAAGGGAAUUUCCCUAGGUAAUAUAUCGCUGGACACCACCCAAAGGGUGUUUGUAAAGUGAAACUGCGGUAUCAUGCUCCACCUGGCGGUACGGUACAAUACUCGCAUUUACUCAAAAGGGGUAUUGUGUACCGCGGGUAGGAUCUAAUCUCAGCAUGAUAUUGAAGUGCAAGAGGAAAGAUAAUAAAUUCAUUAAUAUUUAUUAUUUUUGUACAAGUCGACUGUCGUUCGUUUCCUGCGGCUCACGGGGAAGACCGAUAGUGACUUUUAUACUAUAGAACAAAGUUAUAUCUAGUUACAUCGUAAGGAUACAUGUACCGAGGUUUGGGAUCAUGUGCAUGUCCAUGUUGCUUAUAAACGAUAUCCUAAAUUAAUGUUUACUCUAUUAUAUAUAACGUUUAAUUUAAUUUGUAACGUAUCUUAAGGCACAAGCAUACGUUUAUAAGUAAUAGGACACGACCGAAAGUUUCUUUAUAGCGAGGGACUGAUUGCUGUAAAGUGGUAUCCUGACCUCGAUUACGUUGGGUGCAGUUAGCAGUUUGUACUAUAAUAAAUACGUAGUAAUAAACACGGGACAUUUAUACUAUCAAAUGAACAUUCCAAUAAUCUUUUGAAAUCCAGUUCUUAUCACGUUUGAAUACAAUCCGAUCUUAGAAUAAAUUCACCAGGUUUAUAAUGGUGACAAUAAAAUAUCAGUGUAAAUAGUUAGUUUUAAUUACCAAUUAUGUUGACCGACCGAAAUGAUAUUGUAAAUAAUAGUUUAUUUAUACUUUGUACGUUACACGAAAUGAAGCUGAUUUUACGUUGAAUGAACGCCUACUGACGCGGGCUCGCCUCACACAUGUUCGUCUCAUAUCAGAGUAAUUCAUUUAGUACCUAAUUAGAAUUAAUGUUAUUGAUUAAAAGCUUUUAUUUUACUCUCUAAUCAUUUAACAUCGAUAAUAACGAAUAUCGAAAGCCAAUCUAUUUACACGUUUUUAUUGAAAUUAUAUUUUAUUCCGUUACAUAACUGGCAGAAUGACGACAUACUAACUGGAAAAAGUAUAAAGUUUCACAGGGUGUUUUAAUCUAAGGUAGAAUUAGGACGGACGUCAGCGGAUACAAAUCCGGUAAAACAAAUCUCGAUAUUGAUCUAAAAUUCUUUUAUCAAAUUACUUUUAAAACACCAAAUGUGCAAAGGAAAAAUAUUUUUCCGACUUUCUAAAUACCUACAUGUUUUUUGUCGAUAUGAAAAUUGCGUAUAACGAAAGUUCCUUUUUUUGCAAUGAUAGCCACAAACAAAUGCAUUUAAGCAAAAAGACUUUUAGUAUCGAGUUUAUGUAUAUUUAAUUUGAUAUAUGUAUAAUAUUUAUGUACUAAUUUAUUAAGUAUACGUCUGUAUGUGUUGUUAUAAAAUGUCUAAGACUACUCAAACAAUAAUAAAGUAUAGUAUGUUUUUAUAUUGAGGCGCAUAACUUUCUUAUGGGUACUAACUGCAUAUAAUUGAGAUAUCAUGCAAACAAUCCGGCCUGUUUCAAGUUACUAGAUUACCUUGUCAUACAAUGUGAACUACAAUAAAAUGUUUUUGACUCUUGCAAUCCUCUUUUACGUCGGUUAGUUUUUUUAAUAUUUUAUGUAACUAUUUCCAAUUAUGUCUAGAUGGAGACGAUAAACAUCCAUUCCAAUUCUCGAACGAAUUAAAGAGGCUUGAAAGAAUUAUUUCAGAUUCUUCAUUCCUAAUGUUUCAUAAUAGUUUUAAGAUAU